AUGCCGUCUCCCACGCCACCUCUAAAAGAUGUCGUCGGAUCUCUGUCCUGCGUCGCACUGCCGCGUCUCCUACUGCUCUUUCUCGGCGUGUCGUGCGGCGCUUCCCUGGCGCUGGCCGUCGCUCUGGCCGGUGUCCGCUCGUCUGCACUCGUGCAAUGGCUGCUACGAGCUCCCGGCGAUCUGCUUCUUCAGGCGCUGGCAGGCCUCACGUUGCCGCUCGUGGCUCUGCACGCGACGCGCACGGGAUCGCAGCUCCAGACGCGGCAGCUGCCGAUUCUAUGGACGCGACUGGCACUGGCGACGCCCGCAGCGUCAAUGACAGCCGCGAUGGUGCCAGUACUGUGGGCGCUCUGCUGGCCGCAGCACUGCAUGGCGUCCUUCCGCGUAGCGCGGCCCUGGCGCAGUGAAUCAGUGACACUACAGAGCAUUGGAUCGCUCGUGUGCUCUGCCAACGCCACGGCUUUCAUGAUCGACGAUGUGGCACAUACGUUUGUGGCUGGCGCAGUGACACAGAAAGCGCGGAGCGUGUCGGAGCAGGUGGUCACGAUGGUGGAAAACGCUUUUCCAGAGAGCGCAGCAGACGCUGUCGUCGAUGGAAAUGUGCAUGGUGUUAUGGUGGGAGGUCUCGCGCUUGAGUUCGAGUCAAAGGAAGAAUUGAUGAUUUUGCAGCUGGUGAAACAAGCAGAAGCAGCAGGAUGUCGCCUGCUAAGUUGGCUACAGACGCAUCUUUCUAUUGGUGUGAUUUUCAUGGUCAGCAGCGUAUUGCCCCGACCAUCAGUGCCUAAGCCCAUAGCCGACAAUGAAGAAGGCUUUACCGAUUUGGCGCUUGUGACGGUGCUGCUCCUUGCUUUGGUGUUGGGCGUGGUUGUCAUGAUGGUCCUGGCUACACUGUUCUUUCGGUUUAACCCGUUCGCGUUCUUCGAGCACCUUUUGCUAGCACAACUGCUAGCCUUGAGCUCUGGAUCAUCUGUCGUUGCGCUGCCGGCAACGGUUUCGGCUAUUGUAGCUAACAAGCGUGUGUCACCUUAG